UCAUCUGUACUCGCGUUUGAUCAAAUGGACGACAUGGAGAUGCGGAGAACCGAACACGAAGAAGCUGUUUCAAGUUCAGACGACUGUAAGAUCGUUGCAGAGACUCCCGAUGAAUCCUAUGUGGUGUUCAGGACAUCCACUGGAGUCCGAAUCUCUUCUCAACUGGACAAUGGCGGCGGAUCCAAUUCGGAAGCUAUGCCAGUGAAAGACGAGGUAACCGGUGACGGUUCUGUUACUCUUUUUGACGGUGUGAGUAACGGUGGUGUAGAAUCUGAAUCGUUUAGGGCGGCGGGUUUAGAGUUCAAUGUUAAGGAGGAACCUGAUUUGGAUUUUGAGAAUCGAGGAGAAGAAAUGGUGAUUGAUGAUAAUCUAGAAAAGCCUGUGGUGGUUGCUCUUGCUCAAGAAGAAGAAGAAAUGAUUGUUGAUUCUAUAGCACUUUCAAGAGGCUCUCUCAGCGAUUGUGUUACUGUUGAAGUCAAACAAGAACCUGAGAAUUUGGAGACAGAGCAAUCUAUUAUACCAACUGCUCUCAUCUUGGCGCCGACGCCACUUCAAGUUAUCCGACCGAAGGCUGAGAGUUUGGAUACCCCUGAAGUUAUUGAUGUAGAAUCUGAUUCUCUAAAGCAUGAAGAUGUAUCAUCAGCUCAUGUGAAGAUGGAGCAGGUUGAGGGAACAAAGGUGGGUGCUUUGAGUUUGAGUCUGCAAGUGAGAGACCAGAAACCUGUGUAUGUGAAGAAGGUAAAUAAUACACAAGGGAAGGUGAAAGUGGAAGAUGGUGAUUUCCCGGUGGAGAAAGACUGGUACUUGGUUGGUAGGUCUCUUGUCACUGCUACUUCCACUAGUAAAGGAAGGAGACUGGAAGAUAACGAAGUUGUCAAUUUCGCAUUUCCCUCUACUGUCAAUUGGAAAGUUCCAAACAUUGUUCGUUUCUCUACCAAAAGAUGUGGAGAGAUUGGUAGGCUUCCAAUGGAAUGGUCAAACUGGGCUGUCAGCCUUUUGAGAUCUGGUAAAGUCAAAAUGCUAGGCAGAUGUGUUGCAGCGCCACCCUUUCUACAAAUGAUGCAAGAUAUUAUGCUUUAUGUCAGUUUCUACAUUCACAGCUCCAUAUUCACUGAUGUUAGCAAAUCCACUUGGAGGAUUGGUUCUUCCCCGAACAUAGAGUCCACGCUUCAUCCUCUGCUGCAGCUUUUCAGACACUUGACUAUCAAACCUUACCAAAAGGCUGAGUUUACUCCUCAGGAACUUGACUCUCGCAAACGCUCCCUGAACUUGGAGAAUGACUCUGACGAAAGAGCAGCAUUGUUGGCCAUAGCGAAAAGAAGAAAAGGUGCUCCGCUGUAUCUGGAACAGGACAAAGAUGAAGAAGAUGCUCCUGAUUCAUAUAUGAAUCGGGUCGUUGGCGCUGCAGAUUCAUAUAACCUGGAGGAAAUGGAAGCUCCAAGUACACUCACGUGUAACCUGAGACCAUACCAGAAACAAGCACUCUACUGGAUGUCAGAAUCUGAAAAAGGAAUUGAUGUUGAUAAAGCAGCUGAAACUCUCCAUCCUUGCUGGGAGGCUUAUCGAAUCUGUGACGAGAGGGCACCUUCAAUUUAUGUGAACAUCUUCAGCGGUGAAGCAACAAUCCAGUUUCCAACAGCUACACAAAUGGCAAGAGGCGGAAUAUUGGCAGAUGCCAUGGGACUUGGAAAAACUGUGAUGACAAUUGCACUAAUACUUGCACGGCCAGGCAGAGGUAAUCCAGAAAAUGAAGAUGACUUGGCGACAGAUGUUAAUGGAAAUAAACCUAAGGGGAAGGAGAGUCAUAAAGCACUAACAUGUGUGAAAGCAAAAGGAGGCACUCUUAUUAUUUGUCCCAUGGCAUUGUUAAGCCAAUGGAAGGAUGAGCUUGAGACUCACUCGAAGCCUGACACAGUGUCUGUGUUGUCUUACUAUGGAGGGGAUAGGACACAGGACGCGAAAGCUAUAGCGAGUCAUGAUGUGGUCUUGACAACUUAUGGUGUCUUAACCUCGGCUUACAAGCAGGAUAAGACGAACAGUAUUUUCCACAGAAUUGAUUGGUUCAGGAUUGUUCUUGAUGAAGCUCACACGAUCAAAUCAUGGAAAACACAAGCUGCUAAAGCUACAUUUGAGUUGUCUUCCCACUGCAGAUGGUGUCUGACAGGGACUCCUUUACAAAACAAGCUUGAAGAUCUUUACAGUCUUCUUUGCUUCCUUCAUGUCGAACCAUGGUGCAACUGGGCUUGGUGGAAUAAGUUGAUUCAGAAGCCUUAUGAAAAUGGUGAUCCACGAGGACUAAAGCUGAUCAAGGCGAUUUUGAGGCCAUUGAUGCUGAGAAGAACAAAGGAGACGAGGGACAAAGAAGGAAGUCUAAUUCUUGAACUUCCUCCGACCGAUGUCAAAGUGAUUGAAUGUGAACAAUCUGAAGCAGAACGUGACUUCUAUACAGCCCUUUUCAAGAGAUCUAAAGUCCAGUUUGACCAGUUUGUGGCACAAGGAAGAGUUCUUCACAACUAUGCAAACAUCCUCGAGCUCCUCCUCCGUCUACGCCAAUGUUGCAACCACCCUUUUCUAGUUAUGAGCCGGGCAGAUUCACAACAAUACGCUGACUUAGACAGCCUGGCAAGGAGAUUUCUUGACAACAAUCCUGACUCAGUUUCUCAAAGAGCUCCCUCUCGGGCAUACGUCGAAGAAGUUAUCCAAGACAUACGUGAUGGCAACAGCAAAGAGUGCCCAAUAUGUUUGGAGUCUGCAGAUGAUCCCAUUCUCACACCUUGUGCUCACAGAAUGUGCCGUGAAUGCCUCCUUACUAGCUGGCGCUCUACUUCUUGUGGUCUAUGCCCAAUCUGCAGGACAGUACUGAAGAAAAGUGAGCUCAUCUCAUGCCCAACUGAGAGUAUAUUCCGUGUUGAUGUUGUAAAGAACUGGAAGGAGUCCUCAAAGGUCUCGGAGCUUAUAAAAUGCUUAGAGAAGAUUCGGAUGUCUGGUACGGGGGAAAAGAGCAUUGUGUUUAGCCAGUGGACUUCGUUUUUGGAUCUCCUGGAGAUUCCUUUGAGAAAAAGAGGAAUUGAGUUUCUUAGAUUCGAUGGAAAGCUUGCACAGAAGGCGAGAGAAAAGGUCUUAAAAGAGUUCAAUGAAACCAAACAGAAAACAGUUCUACUGAUGUCUCUGAAAGCUGGAGGAGUUGGUCUGAAUCUGACCGCAGCUUCAAACGUCUUCUUAAUGGAUCCAUGGUGGAAUCCGGCGGUGGAAGAGCAAGCAAUCAUGAGAAUUCAUCGCAUAGGGCAGAAAAGAACUGUAUGCGUCAGAAGAUUCAUUGUCAAGGAUACAGUAGAGGAACGGAUGCAGCAAGUUCAGGCGAGGAAGCAGCGGAUGAUUGCUGGAGCUUUGACUGACGAAGAAGUCCGGUCGGCCAGACUUGAGGAGCUUAAAAUGUUGUUCCGAUGAGAGAAGAUGCUCAACAGAGAAAAUACUCUUUUUCUUUUAUUUACUUUAGUAAUGAGUUAUGCCUUUUAUUCCAUUUUAAACUGUUUUGUAAAUAGCAGUAGAAAUUGCAACGGUGCUUAAUGAGUUUGAAAUUUCCUUUC